AUGAACCUACAACAAGAAAUCAAACAAGGUUUCAAACUUCGGCCGACGAAGACAAUUGACAAGUCGAAGCCGGUAAUUCUAGCAGAAGGAGAAGAUGCAGAUCAAAUCGCUCCUACAAAACGAGCGCCAGGUCCUCAAGCAGCUCCUAUCCCUGAAAUACAGAUUCCUCCUCCAACAGAAUCCGCAUCGAAAGAGCCGAAAGCGUCCCCAUCACCAAAAGCUUCGCCCUCACAAAGGGCCUCUCCAAAGUCGGGACCCAGCUCUGCCUCUGGCCCGAAAGUAAGCCCAGGUGGUGGGCCUCCACCUCCUCCGCCGCCACCUCCUGCAGGAUUUGGUCCACCACCUCCUCCGCCACCACCUGGAGGGGAUUUUGCUCCUCCUCCACCUCCUCCACCUUCCGGUCCUCCCCGUCAG